UCGAAGGGAAGCGUCGUCUGGCACUGCUCGCCAACUACGAAACCGAUACCCUGUUACUACCCUCACCUCUGCCACCCUCAUCCUCAUCAUCCUCAUCAUCACCGUCGUCAUCACAUCAACAUCUACGAUUCAUCUAUCAAAUAACAGACAUCGGCCACAGAUCAGAGUAGUUGGGAAACUGCCUCGCUUCUCCCCCGUACCGUACCUACAACCGCCUCAAUCUUGUAUUUCCCCACUCCUAAUCCGACCUUCUCACCUUCUUCUUGCCCCCCGCCUGACCACCUCCCUCCUUAGCUCCCCUAUGAAUGCUCACUCCGCAGAACAGUACAUUCCUCAUCAACGCAAAGGAUGUCCCGUCAAAAUCAUCUGAUCUAAUACCGCCGUUGUUUUUUACGACAGCGAAUUCUGACACGCGUCCACCUGUAUUUACACCUCGGUUUACCACACGCUCUCGAGGUUAUCUGGGACUGCCGUUUUUAACCUGACCCUCAUGAUGGAGCCGGAAGCGACAUCGGCACCCGGGGCGUCCCACGCGCCGAAAACAUACGUCCCCAGGACUAUGAGGAGGCUAAUCCGGGAGACGCUACAACGAUCCCACGAAGACCAUAUCUCCCGGGGACGCCUAGACCCGCGUUCUAUGCUCGGGAGCCAGAGCGAAGUCAACCGCUUCUACUCCAACUACUCAGUGGAUCUUAACAACAUCACCGCUAACCAAGACUUUGCUAUGUGGGCAAUCGAUGAGGCAUUGCGUGAAUACUCACCCGAGAGGAAUUUCCAAAUAACCGGUCAAAUCAUGGAGGGCCAGUCUGUAGCCGUACGGAUGGCCAUCCCAGAAGUGCCUAAGAAGAUUGGCGAAGCCAUACGAGCCGAUACUCAACAUGAAAUAGACGCAGAGGAAGUGGACAGCUAUAAAGAUCCUGACUACGAAAUUACUCAAGAUGUCGGCUCCGUAGCGCAAGCCUUCAUCUCGUCAUCUGCUAACUGUCUCGGCCCCCCUAUUGAAGCAUGCGCUGUCUACUUGCACAUGACUAAAUGCGGCGAAUACGGUGACAACAAAUUAACUGUCUGGAAGUCGGCGCUUUUUCCUAAGCUAGACGGACAAGAAGGUCGUAGGGGCUUUUUCGACAGCCAAAUUACCGCUAUAGUCUGGAUUUUAUCGAGAUUUCUAGGGACCCUCCCAGUGUUGAAGAUUAAGGAUAAAGCCUUGUGGAAUGCAGAAACCAAACGGUUCCUGCCACCACAGAAGACAGCAUUUGAGAAAGAGAACAGGAAAAGGCUACGCAGCCCAAAGUACCGCGGUGGGAUCCUAGCCGACUCGAUGGGUCUAGGAAAAACUAUGACGACCAUUGCCUGUUUGGACCUCUUAGCAAGUCAGAGACUGAACGUGGAGAAGUCCGAAGACGGGAAGAAGAAGUACCGUCCGAUGCUCAUCGUAGCGCCGAGCGCGAUCGUGGCGGCGCAGUGGGUGGAUGAGAUUGAACAAAUGGCUAGCACGCGUGGCAUAAAAAAGAUUAUCGUAUCCGGAAACGGUCUGGAGGGGAAGCUAAGCCAGCGAAGGGUUAUUUCACUAACUCCCCAGCAGUUUAAUUCGGCUUGGCCACGUCGGUUGCAGUACAUGUGGAACGAGGACGAUUACAACGCUUCGAAGACAGUCAUCGUUAUGUCUAUCGAAACUUGGUCCAGGAGAACAUGCAAGGUUAGACAGGACGACGGCCUCCGGAGAGAAUAUUACUCCAGCUUUGCGGAGGCAGGGCGGGCAUUUUCUGUCGUCGUUGUGGACGAGGCCCACAAGAUCAAGAAUUCGACAACGCUAAGUUGGAAAUCGAUCAACUUUCUCGAGCGCCAAUUCACUCUCCUCAUCACAGCAACGCCAUGCUUGAAUACGUUGGUCGAUCUCCUAGCGCUCGCCAGGAUUCUGUGGCAUGGCCCGGAGAAAUAUCUACGUAAGAACCCCCAAAAGCUAAAGCAGAUGGACACAGAGAUCCGAGAACUACAUGACCUGGAGACUCUCGAUUCCUUAGAAGUAGGUAAUGACUGCCAUCUUGCGGCCGGCAGGCCGUCUCUUCUACUAAAGGCUAUCUGUAAGCCCGGCGAGAAGGCAGCUGACUCGGAACGAACACGAAAGUACCUCAAGUACUUCGACUCGCUAGCGAUAUUAAGGAGAUCACCUAGUUCACACAUAUUUGCGGACUGGGCCAGGAGGUGCCCAGUGUCGCUCGAAGGUAUGCUUCCGAGAGUUGACAACUUUACCGCUACUGUGCACUUAGAUCAUGAUCUAGAAGUGGUCUAUCAGGAGGUUCACUUGAAACUCUUGAAGGAAUAUCUACUAGCAGCGAAACUUUUUAUGUGUUCACUCCAUGCGAAUAAAAAGGAGAAGGACGGCGGGGAGAGCAAAAGCGAGGCGAAGGGCGAAAAGGGAAAAGGGGGAACCGCUGAGCGGAAACAAGCCCUGCCGAUCGCGGCUGUUUAUCGCCGGUUUCAACUCGCAGCUGCUUCACUCGAUGUUUAUAAUCUCGAAGGUCUCCUCGGCCGACACGGCUUCGGUACGAAGGCAGAGCACGUCUUGUCUAUGCGCCGGGCAAAGGUAAACCUUCGGCACCUGGCUAGAUUUCUAAACAAGGGCACGAGUCCGAUGCCACGGAUUGCAGUGGAUUACAUCAAGCUGGCGGUACGUGCCUCUCCGGUGCUACGGUACAUCCUACAUUUCGUCAAGGGCAAUGUUCUUAAAAGGAGACCGAAUGGCAAGAUCAAGAAGCUCCUGAUCACAGAAUCCAUUCCUAUUCUCGCGUACUACUACGAGUUGGUACUGCAAUUCCUUCUCAUCAACUGCCAAACCCUGCAUGCGGGUUUAGACCAAGAUGAACGGAGGGAACUUAUUGCCAGCUUUAACGACGAUACAGAUGAAUCGUGCCAGAUACUGAUCCAGAUGUAUACAGUUGGGUUCGCGGGCUCGAAUCUACACAAGAAUUGCGACCAGGUCCUCGUUGCCUCCCAGGCUCAUAGCCUCCGAGUCCAGUGGCAAGCGGUGCAUCGGGUUAUCCGGGUCGGCCAGAAAUCCGACGUGAAGGUCUGCAGGAUCAUGAUAAACAACUCGUUCCAUAUGUUUCGGGAAAGUAGACAGGUCGAAAAGAUCCUGCCCGAACUAGCUGCGCGCACACAGGGGCCUAUGAGCGAUGCUCUCGUCCACCUGCUCAAUCUGUUUCAGUUCGAGGUCCGGGACGCGUGGGAGAGCCCCGAGGGGCAGAAGCUUCUCCGGGACAAGAACCUACUACUCUUCGAUCCUGUGCCCGGGGAAGGGGGCAGCGAGGAGGCGAUAAGCGACGAGGAAUUCCUGGAGCUCAAAACCCGGCAGGAAUAUUAUCUUGAGUACAAACAGCUCCCCGCAAGCGAGCGCAGCGUGUUCAGCCACGCGAAGAACAACCUGCGGCGGACGCUCUCGUACGGGGCUCAGCCCGACGGCGCGGCGCCGUGGCAGACGGCGGACCUCGCGCACCCGGCGGUGCUCGAGCGGGCGCUGGAGCUGAUGCUGCGGGUGCGCCUCGGGGGCGGGCCGGCGGCGGUGCUGCCGCUGCCGCAGACGGACUUCUCGGAACUCGCCGCGGGCCCGCGGGGCGAGCGCCGGCUGGCCGCCCUGCGCGGGCUGAUGGACGCGGGCCGCGAGGACGCGCUGUUCGCGAUCACGGACCAGGACGUCGACGACGCCGUGCGCGGCCCCGCAACCGCGCACCACCUGCUGAAGGGCGCACCGCGGGCGUCGCUCGACGGCUUCUCACUGAGCGAGAUCGACCGCCGGCUCGCGGCCGAGGCCAGGUUCGGCGGCGGCAUGAGCGCCAUGGUCAAGAGGGCCAGCAGUGCGGGGACGCAGGUGAGUGAUCGCAAGAGGAAGAAGGACGAGGACGACGAAGAGGAAGAAAAGGGUAAGGACGAGGACGAGGACGACGCUGGCUCCUACGCCGGUUUGCGCUGGGAUAGUGACAAUAGCGAUGCGGCGACAGGGCCGAGGGUGAAGAGACUCAAAAUGGAGGAGGGUAACAGCGACGCGGGGGACGUUGCAAAGUCGCCGUGCUCGUAGAUUAAGCCGGAGCCUAGGGAGGGGCACAAUGGCGGCGGAGACAGCUCGACAGCACAGGGCAGGUGGAAAAGGGGCUCCCACGAGGAAUUUGAUUGACCUCACGAGCGACGGUAUGGAGUGACUCGUCACAACAACUACAGCUCAGGGGCUAACGACAGCGGGAUAAGGAAGUCCCGACGAUGCCCCGACGUCCAAUGUCCUAGACUUAUUUUCU